AUGUCUCAAAUAACAUCCUCCAGCACCUUCUUGGAACCAGUGGCUAUUGUAGGCAUGGCCUGUGAAUUUGCUGGUGAUAUUCAUUGUCCAAAUGAUUUAUGGCAAGCAUUGGAAGAGAGUCGAGAUGUCGGUAGAGCAGUACCUCGUGAUCGAGUCGAUUUGGACUCGUAUUGUGCACAUAUGUUCAAUAUGGAUAACCAUGGACAAUUUCAUGAGAAACUUAUUCGUGCAGGAUAUUUUCUCUCCAAUAAUCAAUGGGAUACGUUCGACGCAAGUUUUUUUGGUGUAUCCGAUGCUGAAGCAGGCAGUAUUGAUCCAUGUCAUCGAUUACUCAUGCUCAAAUUUGUUCAUUUGCUGGACGAUGCUGGCUAUACAAUCGAUAAAAUGAAUGGAUCACGAACUUCUGUGCACGUCGGACAGUUUUCCAAUGAUCAUACUUACACAACAUUUCGUAUGAAGCCAGAACAUCGAUCUAGAUUCCAUGGACCAAAUAGCUUUCUGUAUAAUGCUGCUGCCCGUUUAUCCUAUCAUUUUAAUUUACAAGGCCCUACCGUAUCGAUGGACGUCGCCUGUUCGUCGUCUCUGAAUGCAUUACAUCUGGCUAUACAAACCCUUCGUGUACGUGAAGCAGAUAUGGCUGUAUGCGGUGGUGUGAAUAGUAUCUAUUCUCCAGAGAAUUUUCUAUGGAGUUCGAUAGCUGGCGCUGAGUCACCUGAUGGACGAAGUCGAUCGUUUAGUGUUGAUGCUAAUGGUUAUGCUAAAGGUGAUGGUCUUGGUCUUCUAUUGUUGAAACGACUGACUGAUGCUGAACGCGAUGGUGAUCGUAUCUAUUGUGUUCUUCGUGAUGCACUUAGUGGUCAAGAUGGAAGUGAAGAUAAGAGUAGUUUUACUGUUCCAUCGGGUGUAGGACAAGCACGUCUACUAGCCGAGAUUUAUUCAAGAACAAAAUUUGAUCCUCGGCACAUUUUUUAUGUUGAAGCUCAUGGUACUGGUACACCAGUGGGUGAUCCUAUCGAAGCAAAUUGUUUAGGUCGAUUUUUCAAUCGAUCACCUCUUGAUCCUCCCUUACUGAUUGGUUCUAUUAAGAGCAAUCUUGGGCACACAGAAGGAGCAGCUGGUGUUGCAUCACUUAUCAAAGUUGCCAUGUGUAUGUACCAUCGAACCAUUCCACCAAGUAUGCAAUUUACAUCAUUGAAUCCGAAAAUAGAAGCGCAACGAUACAAUAUUCACGUCGUUCAACAAUCUGUACCAUUUCCUCCUCUUCUUACUGCUGAACCAAUAGCUAUAGGUAUCAACUCGUUUGGUAUGGGCGGUUCUACCGCACAUGCCAUUGUUGAAGAAUAUCAGCCAAUUACAACACGAACCAUUAAUGAACAUACAUAUGGUCAUCACACUGAAAAUCAGCGAGAAAAUAAACAAUAUUUCAUCUUUGUUUUCUCAACAAAAAGUCGUCAAUCUCUCAAUGAUCAACUGAUCCAAUUCAAUCGUUGGUUAGAAACAAAACCAGUUAAUAAUAUAGAUGAUGAUCAAGCUUUUCUUCAACGUAUAUCUCAACAACUUCUUCUUAAAAGAACUAUUAGUUAUCAACAUUUAGCUAUCUUUGUUUUUCUUGAUCGUCAACAAUUGCAAGAACAAAUCAAUGCUCUUCUUACUGAACAA